AGUGUUUCCAUGGGCGAGGGAAUUGCAAUUGCACAACGAAUGACGCCUCUACUAUGUGAUUGUUUUCGCUUCUUUUCGCAGAUGUGUACAUACUCGUAUUCCAUCACGGAAACGUGCAGCGGCAUCGGAAUCGGAAAUGGGGCACGGACACUCGCAAUUACACGGGCACUCCGCCCUUGUCUGUCAACAUAUUAACUUGGUCCGUGCAAUUUCUGAUCCAGCAACUUGCAUUUGCAUUUGCAUCUGCAGCUGCUGAUGCUGAUGCUGAUGAGCUUAUGUCAUCCUCAUUUGGUUCGCCGAUUCGACAAGCCUCCAAUGUGUUUGGUGCCCGAGUUGUGAGUCUCUAUUCCAGUCGAUAGAAUGAUUCCAUCGCUGUGUUCUUCCUUGUGGUGGUCUUGGCUUGUGGUGCUGCUAAUCCUGAUGGAACUGGUGGAGGUGUGGUCCACCUGCUGCACCUGCCCAGCUGCACGAUGCAACAUUCCCCAGUGGCCGUGCUGCAACAAGAACACCAAGUGGUUCAACUUUAUGCUUGGCUAAAAAAUGGGGCUAAUAAAGUGGAAGUGGAGGUGCUUAUGAA